ACCUUAAAGCAUUGGCACUUUCUGAGUGAAAAACAGGGGAGGGGAUAUCUUUCACUCGUUUUCCCGGAAAGACAGGACGAAAAGUCGUCCGACACUGUAAACAAAACUCCCUCUGGCCACGACUUCCUCGCCGCAACUCCCUUCGUCUGGUUCUCCCCACCCACAUUCUCCUCUCUUAGAUCUAGGGUUCUUCCAUUCUAUUUCCUUCCUCAAUGGUUUCCUUGAUUCUCAAUCUAAAUUGUCUGUAUUUCUCGUAAUUUGAUCUGGUAUAUGCCCAGUUGAAAACACAAUCGUUCGAAUUUCUUAAUUUGGAUUUGAUUUCGAUUCGAUGGAGUUGAAAUAGAAUGCUGCAUCUGGGUUUCUUGAUGAUGAAAUAGGGUUAAGAUUGGCUGUUCGGAUUGUAUGAUUUGAGGUGCUGAUGGAAAGGGAGAGGCGACAUACAAUUGCCAUUGGUGAAUGCAGUUAUGGUUACCGUAAUAAUGAUCAUAAAGCUGCUUUAGAUAGAGAGAGGAGUCCAUCCUUGCCGGCUUCGUCGUUCCCUUCUCCUGGUUUUAUAGAACAUAAGGUAUCCAAGUUGGAUACUCUUGCUGGGGUCGCCAUCAAAUACGGUGUUGAGGUUGCUGACAUUAAAAAGAUGAAUGGUCUGGCUACAGAUCUUCAAAUGUUUGCUCUCAAGUCACUCCAAAUCCCACUGCCAGGAAGGCAUCCACCAUCUGCUUGCCUGUCAAAUGGUUCUGAAUCACAAGGGCAGAACAAUGCCAAUCAAACUCCAGUCCACCAUGUGACAUGUGAUCUCUUUGAUUCAUUCCAGUCCUUGAGACUGAAGUCUACUCCACGGAAGGUCUCCCCUGCAAUGAGCUCGUUGCAGGGUUACUAUGGACUUGAACCAACAGAACAGAAGACAACAUCUGAAGGUUUUGAGAUGGCAGUUUACAAGAAAGGAGGAGCCCAUUAUCUAGAGGAUGGUCCACACCUCAAACCCUUUCCUUCUUCUAACCUGCCACUGAGUCUCCAUCGAAAAUCAAAAAGUUUAGUUAAUGGUUUUUUGGAUGAGAAUGGUGAACCACUUGAGAACAUACAUGCUGGAGAAGCUAGCGAUAGCAGCCCUGAUAGAUUGAAUGAGAAGUUGGUUAGAAGACGUCAGAAAUUUGAAGCUGACUUUACUGCUGGCACUCCUGAAACAGUGUUAAAGGAGGAUAAUGCCAGCACAGGGGCAUUCUCUGCAACAGCGGGCAAGGGCUUGGCACUGAGAUCAAAAGCUGCUAGCAGAACUUCAUUGGCAGCUGAUAGUGAACAAGCUGGAUUAAAUAUGUCACCAGUAUCUGUUGUUGUUGAUGGUUUUUCUGGGGUGAGGAAGUCAUCAAGCACAUCAAGUUUGCAGGAUCAGGACAGCAGUAGUAAUAGUAGUGGUUUGUCAUCUAUAUGGCCAACCUCCAAAUGGAGUUUGAAGCCUGAUUUACAAGCCCUGUCAACCUCAGCUAUCACAAGACCGAUCUUUGAUGGAUUGCCAAAGCCAAUAACUGGCAGGAGAAACAAAGCUGCGCUCGAUUAGGUCAGCACCUGUUGUUAUCAUAUUCCAUUUACUAGCCAAUUUUUGGAUGAUUUGUUACCACACCCCGCCCCCCAAUUGCUAGUUCUUGAAGAGUAAAUAGAAAGAGAAAAGGAAAACAAAGAGUAGUAAAACAAUCUCUUCUAGUUCAUGUGAAAUUGUUUAUAUGUAUAAUUUAUAUAAUUUCAUGAUUUUACUUUGGCAUAAUUUUCGUUGUAAGAUGAUGAUUGAAUCAAUCCGUGCCCUAUGUUUCAUUUUGGCCUUCAGAGAAGUAGUGUUUUGAUGUUGGUAUGUCUGGAAUAAUGGAAGGAAAUGGUU